UAAUAAUAAAAAAAUACGCAUAGAAGAAGCAUUUUGCUAUUGCACUUGCUCUCUCUCUCUUUCUCUGUCUUUCUCUAUAUAUAGUCUUACAAUGGUAUUGGUAAGUGGUAACUCAUACACAUUAUACUCAUACAUACCUCUCAACAAAACACCAACCUUAUAACACAACAUCCUUACAAUUCAUUUUUUUUUUCUUUCUUCUUUGUUUUCUUUUACUUUCAUUUCACAAAAAGAAAGAACACAAAAAUCCCACCAACCCAUUUACUUGAUUCUCUCCAACCUCAUUAUUUAGCUCCAUUUAUUCACAAUAAACUUUUGGGUCUUUCUUUCUUUUCUUUGUUUGUCUCUCCUUCAUUCAUGUUCUUUUGGUAGCUUAUACAGAACAACUGCAAGUGCUCUGUUUUUCUUUUUUAGUAGUUAUUUGAGAUCAGUGGAAGAUUAUAAUGGAACAGAAGCAUGUUUUGCUGUCAGCUUUGAGUGUUGGGGUUGGGGUAGGAGUUGGGUUGUUGAGUUCAGGUCAGUCAGUGAGUAAAUGGGUUAAAGGAACAAAUGGCUCACCAGAUUUGAUUUCUGCAGACCAGAUUGAGUAUGAACUGAUGAAACAAGUCUUUGAUGGCAGAGAAACCGAUGUCUCUUUUGAUAACUUUCCAUAUUACUUGAGUGAGAAAACAAAAGUGUUGUUGACAAGUGCUGCACAUGUUCAUUUGAAGUACUCAGAAAUUUCUAAGCACACCCGAAACCUGUCACCGGCAAGUAGAGCUAUAUUGCUAUCAGGACCAGCCGAACUUUACCACCAAAUGCUUGCAAGAGCUUUAGCUCAUCACUUCAAAGCGAAGCUGCUGCUGUUGGAUGUUAAUGCCUUUUCGCUAAAGAUGCAAAGCAAGUAUGGUUGUGCCAAAAGAGAAGCAUCUCUCAAUCGUUCUAUCUCAGAAACUGCAAUGGAACGCGUGUCUAAUUUGUUCGGUUCCUUCUCAAUCCUUCCUUCAAGUGGUGACACUAGAGGAACUUUACAACGACAGAACAGUGGUAUGGAUGCCAAAUAUAGGAAUAGUGAAGGUUCAAAUACUCCAACACUUCGCAAAAGCGGCUCAAGUAACUCUGAUAUGAGUAGCAUGGCUUCUAAAUAUUCCUCUUCAAGCUCAGCUGCCUUGAAGCACAUGAGUAGCAGCUGGUGUUUUGAUGAGAAAGACUUUAUUCAGUCACUUUACAAGGUUGUGGCUGCAAAAUCAGAAACUCGUUCAGUUAUAUUGUAUAUAAGGGACAUUGAGAAGCUACUUGUCCAAUCACAAAGGUUCUUCAAUUUGUUCCAGAAAAUGUUGAAGAAGCUUUCGGGUUCAGUUUUGAUUCUAGGUUCCCGCAUGUUGGAACAAGAAAUUGUUUGUGGAGAAAUUGAUGAGCGGCUUUCUGUAUUGUUUCCAUACAACAUUGACAUUAAACUACCAGAAGACGAGAGCCAAUUCGGCAACUGGAAAGAUAAACUGGAAGAGGACAUGAAGGCUGUUCAAAUUCAGGAUAACAAAAACCACAUAGCUGAGGUUCUUGCAGCUAAUGAUCUCGAGUGUGACAAUCUGGCUUCGGUCUACAAUGCUGACACAAGGGUUCUCAGCCACAUUGAAGAAAUUGUUGUAACAGCAAUUUCUCAUCAUUUGAUGAAUACUAAAGAUCCAGAAUAUAGAAAUGGAAAGCUUGUCAUCUCAUCAGAGAGUCUGUGUCAUGGAUUGAGCAUAUUCAAGGAUGGAAUAAGUGGUGAGAAAGAUACUUUGAAGUUGGAGACAAAUGCAGAAUCUUUAAAGGAUGAUGCUGUUGGUGCCAAGAAUGAAUCAAAAUCUGAAAACAAAUCAGAUGGAGAGAAAUAUGUUUCGUCGGGGAAGAAAGAUAGCGAGAAUGCAUCACCAGCAAAGGAAGUUCUUCCGGACAAUGAGUUUGAGAAGCGCAUAAGGCCAGAGGUUAUCCCAGCUAGUGAAAUUGGAGUGACAUUUGCAGACAUUGGUGCCUUGGAUGAGACUAAAGAAUCACUCCAAGAGUUGGUAAUGCUUCCCCUUCGGAGACCAGAUCUUUUCAAAGGUGGUCUUCUUAAGCCAUGUAGAGGUAUAUUGCUCUUUGGACCACCCGGUACUGGGAAAACAAUGCUGGCAAAGGCAAUUGCAAAUGAAGCCGGGGCAAGUUUCAUCAAUGUAUCAAUGUCCACCAUUACUUCAAAAUGGUUUGGGGAAGACGAAAAGAAUGUUCGAGCCCUGUUCACUCUUGCAGCAAAGGUCUCCCCAACUAUCAUUUUCGUGGAUGAAGUUGACAGCAUGCUUGGACAAAGAACUAGAGUUGGGGAACAUGAGGCUAUGAGGAAGAUUAAAAAUGAGUUCAUGACUCACUGGGAUGGCCUAUUGACCAAACCCGGGGAGAGAAUUCUUGUACUUGCUGCUACCAACAGGCCUUUUGACCUUGAUGAGGCCAUCAUUAGGCGGUUUGAGCGCAGAAUCAUGGUUGGUCUUCCCUCAGUUGAGAAUAGAGAAAAGAUUUUGAAAACUCUUCUUGCAAAAGAAAAAGUUGAGAAUCUUGAUUACAAGGAACUUGCUACUAUGACAGAAGGAUAUAGUGGAAGUGAUCUCAAGAACCUGUGCGUGACAGCAGCAUAUCGGCCUGUAAGGGAGCUAUUACAACAGGAAAGAACAAAGGAUGUGGAAAAAAAGAAGAAAAGUUCUGAAGGGUCUAGCUCAGAAGAUGAUGCUUCAGCCACCAAAGAAGAAGAUAAAGAGGAGAAAGUAAUUACACUCAGGUCUUUAAACAUGGAAGAUAUGAGACAGGCAAAGAAUCAGGUUGCUGCAAGUUUCGCCUCAGAGGGAUCGAUUAUGAGUGAGUUGAAGCAGUGGAAUGAGCUGUAUGGGGAGGGAGGUUCAAGGAAGAAGCAACAACUUACUUACUUCCUCUAGAAUAAUAUCUUAUAAGACAUCCAAAACCACUCAUCAGCACCUUCUUAGUGAGAAGAAUGUCAGUCUAAGAAAGCUUGAAACUUAGUCAAUUCUUUACACACUUUUUAUGGCACUGCGCAGGGCGAGUUUCUAGCAUCGAAGACUCGGCGAAUCAGCUCCUAGGAAUCCCAUUAAAGCUUGUUUGUGCAUUAAUAGUAACUCCAAAUGAUUUAUCUUGGCAUUCAGGCGUUAAGAGAGGGCUAUCGGCAUUUGUUUAGAGCAUCAUAAAAAGUAGAAGCCAAUUGCCAAAUAGUCCUCAUUAAGAUUGGUCAUGUGUUCUUUUUCUUUUUUUUUUACUUUAUUUUAUGAAUGUAUGGUUUUUGGAAGUGUGUAUGAUAAUGAUAAUGGUAUUGUGGGGAAGUAGGAAAAAACAUUUAUGGACUUGUUUGAUGUUAAGUUUUUGUAUUGUAUGGUUUACGAACAUGCUCUGGUAGAGUAUAUUAUUCUGUAAAUUGGUUGUGUAAUAUUUAAAUAGUAUAGUAUUUUGCCUCA